AUUGGAAGAAAAAAAAGUAUAUCAAUAGUUCACAAAAGAUUCAGCGUUCGUACCCACCCGCAAGAUUCAUGCACUGCAGGACUGAAAUCUAAAUUUGCUUGGAAGAUUUGGUGUCCCUAUAAAUUCAUUGUUGGGAGGAGGAUAGUCUUCUGAUGGUGGUGCUUUUGGUUUGAGCCGGUUGAAAGUUUUUGGGGCCACUUUAAUUUGUGACACUUCCAUCGAGUUUGUUGCCUUUGGAAUUCUUGCUUAUACAAGACUGAGAAUAAAGUGAAUUGUUUUCCUAGUGAAAGUUAACUAUCACACCAAUCGAGAUACUUUGAGGAAUACAGGGAUAAUCAAAUCAUAUUGAAUUGAUCGACAAUGGGGUCCAUUUUAGUCUUUUUAUGUUCGCUGACGAUUGUUUUGGGUGCGGAUCCAGCUCAACCUAACAAUGAUGUUGAUGUAUGGAUUGAUCCUGUCCAGGCCAGAGCGCUUUUAUGUCGAGGCGCCACGCUGGAUAUCAUCCAUGCAGGACAAGCCCAACCAAUCAUCCAGAAGCUUCGUAGUGAGCUCACCGUAAUCCCUUCUGAUAUCAACACUGUUAAUAUUACAUGGAGGGCUGCACCGGGGUUCCAUUAUUCCAUCCACGCGAGGACCGCAAACACCAGGAUCAUGGAAAAUAUUGCUAUCACUAUACCGCCCUCUGGAACCAUACCGACUACUGAAAGUGUUUUUCAGGUGAAGUUAAGAUGCACUGGAAGACAGGCUGGUAUCGCAUCGGGUCGAUUCGUCUUCAAGAUAUGGGAUGGUAACAAGAGGCACAUCUCAGCAUCCCCACUCAAAAUCCCAUUCCAAAAACAGUGUGAGAAAAUAGUGAAACCAUGUCAUCCUCCCUGUAGUAACGGUGCUGUCUGCGCUGAUGAUGGCGUGUGCGAAUGUCCUGAAGGAUACUAUGGAACCAGCUGCAAACAUGCCAUCUGCAUCCCGCAUUGUUUCAAUGGUGGAUCGUGUAUUGAGCCUAACGUGUGUCAAUGUCAAGACGGGUUCACGGGAAACCGAUGUCAAACAGCAACCUGCCAUGAUAACUGUUCUGAUAACGGCCAAUGUGUGGCGCCAAAUACAUGUGUUUGUCGACAUGGAUGGACUGGACCUACUUGCGCGAUCAGGCAACUCGGUGUGGACGGUAUCUAAAUAAAAUGAUUCUAAAUAAGAAGUGCCUCGACACCCCCAAUCCCUUACAUCUUGACAUGCUGACGUCUGUGGGUUCAUCACGGUUUCGCAUAUGUGACUUAAUUUUUUUAAAACCAAACGUACAAUUUAAUGCCUUCAAACUAUUUGUAAUCUUUCGUUAAAUAAAGUAAAACAAAAUCUACAAAUCUGCAUUCGUAUAGGAUGGAUCGUAUCAAACGUUUGUGGCCGAUUCCUGCUAUUGAAAGUAAAUUGAUGUACUCUUUAAGCUUUUUUAAAUGCUGAUUCUGUGACAAAAUGCCAAUUUCACUUUCAAAACUAUGCUGAUUGAAUCAUAUAUCUUCAAUGAUUAUGUUUCUAUAAAAUGAUAGUGAAAAUGGGAAAUUGCACAUGGGAAACGUGAGAGAGAUUGGGUAAGGGAGGGAAGAUAAUUAAAUAGAGGAAGAGGGAAAUGAAAGAGGAAUAUGAGGAAAGAGAAAGAGAGAGAGAUGGGUGUCAAUGUGUGUGCGCGAGGGGGAGAGAGGAGAGGGAGAGAGAGGGAGAGAGAAAGAGAGAGAGAGACAUAGAGGGAGAGAGUGAGAAAAAGACUUGUCAUUUUGUACAUGAUUGUAAAAUUUAAAAGGAUUUCACCUCAUGAUUAUUUGGUGACCAAUAUCUUUUGACUCUAUAUAUUAUAUAUAUUAGUAUUUUAAAAGUGUAUCAUAAUUAUAAUGUUCAUCUUAUAUAAAAAAUUUCAUUUUCAUGUUUUAGGAUAAUGCUCAUAAAUAAUAAUAAUGAUAAUGUUUGGUUUUUAUAAGGCGCUCUUUCUUUUGUUACCAUGGUUGUAAGGCGGAGAUGUGGUAACACCUCAGUCACAUUCGCUCAUUGCGGCCAUACAGCGAGUCGAAAACAGCCGUUUUGACAUUUUUGUACCAGCUACAUAAUUAUAAAUGGUUUGAAUAUAAAUGAAUAAAACGGCUGUUUUCCGACUCGCCGUACGGCCGCCUUUGAACAAAUGUGACUGAGGUAUUACUGUGUAUCAUUAAAAAUAUUGUAAAAAUCCAACUUGUAAUUUUAUUUCCAAAGUUAACCUCACUCUUCAGGCUGACACGGUUUGACAGUUACUCGAUUAUAGAUUCAAUGUAAUUUUCUGGAAAUAUGAAUGUUAUAAAUGUGCAAAACGCAAGUGUAAAAUAAUGAGAUCCAAGAAAAUUGAAUUUGAAAUCUGACGUUAUUUCCAAGAUAUAAUUAUGUUCAUUCGGCUUUUGAUAGAUCAAGGCUAAUUGGAAGAUUAAUAUGAAGUCACAAUGAUUCUGAAUGGAAUUUGAUUUUAUUGAUACUAGAUUGGGGUGCUCUGAAUACUAGUUUUAUCUUGAUCAUUCCUUCUUGGCGAUUUCAAACCAUUUGCAUUUAUGAUGUUCCAUAAUAUCUAUAUCUAAAAAAAUAAUCUUAUUCCUAAAUUUGAUUCACCAAAUGGUAGUGUAAUGUCAAUUUGCAUAAUAAUUGUUAUCUUGUUAUCCAGGGGCGGUGGAGCGAAGUUGAAAGUGGGGCACAAGGAAAAAAGGGCACUAUCUUAAAACAGUGGCGUAAUAGGCCCCAGAAUAUGAGGGGGCUAGAUAUGUCGUAUCACGUAAAAUUUAUAAGAAUUUACUCGUUAACACAUAAAACAGGUCCUUCUCAGGUGAAAGGGGCACAGAGCACAUUUAUGAGGGGCACUUUUCUUAGGUAAAAAGGGGCAAUGAUACGAGAAAGGGCACCUAUAAGAAGGCAAAGGGGCACUUGCUAACGGCAUAAAACGGGUCCUUCUCAUGUGAAAGGGGGCACUGAACACGUUCGUGAGGGGCACUUAUGUAAAAAGGGGCAAUGAAUCGAGAAAGGUCACUCACUAGAAGUCAAGGGGGCACUUGCUCACACAUAAAACGGGUCCUUCUCAGGUAAAAGGGGCACAGAAUACGUUCGAGAGGGGGCAUUUUUUGGUAAAAAUUGGCACCUAUACGAGAAAGGGCACUUGGUAACACCUAAAACGGGUCCUCCUCAUACGAGAAAGGGCACUUUGUAACACUUAAACGGGUCUUCCUCAGGGGCACAUUAUACGUUCGUGAGGGGGCAUUUUUUCUUGCGCAAAAAGGGCACUUUGUUCGGGGUUACCAAAAGUUGGGGGGAGGGCACUGUGCCCCCGACCCCAGGAUCACCGCCCCUGUUGUUAUCUGUAUUCUGUUUACCAUUUUUACUAUCUAUGUAUUAGUUAGAAUUAUUCAUUCUAUUUCAUUAAUUAAUUUAUGUAUAUUAUGAAAAGAAUUUGACGGUGGGUUGAAUGGAGACCAAUUUUCUUGUACUUAAGCUCACGAACAUUAAAUAUAGUUUUAUACUGCUUCAUAUUUCUUUGAUUAUAGGACUAUUUAUAGAGAAAGAAAUAUCAUUAUGUCAUUAUGAUAUUAUGUCUAUACUGUAGUUCUGUUUUUUGUUUCGUUUUUUUUUUUUUACGAAGUGCAUGGUUAUGGGUGCAUCAGGUGGGGUGCAUGGUGAUUAAUGAAAUGUGAGUUAGCGUAGCGAUCGAACACGGAGAAACGUGUUUAAAGUAUUCUGCUAUUCUCUCAAGCAUUUUGCUUACGAUAGCUGGCCACUGCAUUUUUUUUUAAUUGCUUACAUGUAUAUCUAUGUAAACUAUUCUUCUAUUAUGAAAUUGUCACAAUUUGUAGUUCUAUCAUUUAUUUGUGUAGUUCUUUAUAUGCAUCAUGAUUACUGUGAUACAUGUAUUGAAUUCCAAUACUUGUGUUUCACAAUACUGUCAAUUAAUAAGGAAUUCCUUUUUACACCUUGUACCAUAUAAAUCAAUUCUAUGUUGAAUUAUACUAUGCAUUCUAAACUGCAUUAAAAUUUUUACCUGAA